UCAGUCGAUUGGUGUCUCUCCAAAGUCUUCAUCAUGCUCCAUCAAGCUAUCAUCGCCGCGAUCCUGUCGCUCCUCCUCGUAGGAAUUUCCUUGGCGCAUCCUGGCUACCUGGGAAACGUCGGCAGUGGAUUCGGAGGAUACGGCAACGGCUUUGGUUUCGCCGGAUACGGAGGGGGCUACAACGGCGUCGGUUACGCAGGCAGCGUGGGGUCCCACUACGGAGGAGGGGCUGUGUCCUACGGGGGGUAUGGUGGGGGUUACGGUUACGGAAGAUAAGGAACGGAGCAACAGCAGGCAUUCGCGAUGACCACGUGCAAUUGAUCAUAAGUAAUUAUGUCUUCCAUAGACCAAAGUCUAGGUGCUCAGCCUCUACGAAAAAUCUUGUCCUACAUGUCUAAACAGAAUUGUAAAAAAUUAAAUUUCACUACAAUAAACUUUUAAACUAAA